AGUGAGUCCGUGGGAGUCACUGGAGUGCCAGAACAGGACGCGGAGUGCCUUUCUUCAUCACUCAUUCAGGUUAGAGAUCCAGUGUGCAUCAGCAGCAGCAGCAACAGUAGUACGUACAGCAGCAGUGGCCUCAGCACGGAGAGGGUGUCUGUGCAGGAAACAGAGGGCCCGUCGAACUCCUAUCAGUGGGAGUCCCGGCGCACCUCCUUACCCAGACUCUCCUGCUGCCAGAGCUACAGCCAAGAGAGCGAGGAGCUGCAGUCUCCCCUGAGGAGUGAGACUGAAUGCUCUCUGGCUUGUACGGCCCUGAGGAACUUAGUUACAAGCGAAGAUCGCUGCUUUGCAUAUGGCUUUGUCAACAAUGUGCUGAGAGAGGAGAGGGAGAGGGAUGAGGACGAGAGAGAGGAGAGCGACAAGAAUGAAGGGAUCCUGUUCAAAGAGGGGCUACAACCAGUGAACUAUGAGUACAGAGAGGGACGGGAAUAUGAACGCUGUAGAUUUCUCAAGCAGGGCUCCUUCGGAGAGGUCUACAGCAUCAAAGACAAAGGCACCGGCUUCAUGUGUGCCGCCAAAAAGGUGCCAUUGGUGAGUUUCAGCAGUGAGGAGGUGGGCUCGUGGAGUGCCCUGCAGUCUCCUCAGGUGGUGGAACUCUUUGGAGUGGUGCGUGAAGGUCCUUCCAUCAUCCUCUUCAUGGACCUUAAAUCCAGUUCUCUUGGACAGCUGGUGGAGGAACGAGGCCGUCUGCCAGAGGAUCUAUCCCUGCACUACCUUCAGCAAGUAUUGGGGGCGCUAAACCACCUGCAUAGGAAGCGUGUCCUUCAUCUGGACAUCAAAGCGGAUAAUAUUUUGCUGUCAGAAGAUGGGAAGGAUGCAUUCCUGUGUGACUUUGGAUACUCGGAGAGAUUGGACAAACAAGGGCUUAGUUAUUGUAAGAGUCUGAAAGGCACAGAAACUCAUAUGGCACCUGAGGUGGUGCUCAGUGAGCCGCGCUCCUCAAAAGCAGACAUCUGGAGCAGCUGCUGUAUGCUCCUGCACAUGCUCAACGGCUGUCAUCCGUGGACGCGCUACUACUCCCACCCACUAUACCUCAAGAUAGCAGAAGAGCCUCCGCCAGUGAGGGAAAUCCCUCGUGACUGCAGCUCCUAUACAGCAGACUUCAUAAGAUCAGGACUGCAGAAAGAUCCAAACACACGAGCCUCUGCCAAAGAACUCUUGGUUAAAACUGCUAAAGCACUUAAAGAUGUGGGGGGACUUCACAGCCCCGUGAGAGGAGGAACCUAUCUGAAGCCACUGGGGAAGCCAGAGAAUCCAGACUCCGCCCAUUCAGCCACACCCACCACAUCCCACCACACCACGUCCUCUGAUAACUCUGAGCAGCAGUGGAUGAGCUCGGAGCAGGAGAAGAGAGCGGGUGAUGGGGAGCGUAAUGACGAGCCAGACGAGGUGAAAGAGAGGAAACGGACAGAGGAGACAAGAAACGAUGACCACUCUCCUCCGAAGUCACUGCUCCACAUUCAAACCACUUCACCUGAGCCACAGAUCAUCAAUAAGACCGAGCCAGAAGCAACAGUGCCGGAAGAAGAGCUGUGGAAAGAUUUCCACGUGAGCAGCCUUUCUCAUCCUCAUUCUGCUGAGCGACAGGAGCAGUGGCUCUCUUGUCUCAGUAGCGACGGCCUUUCCUCUAGAGAAUACUGGGACAAGAAGGAUUCAGGGCAUUGUUCAGACGGUCCUAGAGAUGACCUUAGCUCAGGCGUGUUUUCUUACAACAGCCAACAAGAUGGCCAGAGCUUCAGCAGGGACUGGCUUGCCCCCACACAUCGACCCCCGCCCCGCUGCUUUGACGGGGUGAAUGUUUAUAUUAGGGACUUUGACGGGAAAUGCUUUCAUAUUCGGGAGACGCCUGGGGUGAAAGUAGGCCACGUUGCAAGAGGAAUCAGCGAUCAGAUCUCAGAGAACGUGUUCAGUCUGCGAACAGAGGAUGGUUGCUUGGUGCCCCAUGACAAAGAGGUCCUAGAGAACAGCCUGUUUUUGCGCUGCGUCCCGGCCCUUGACUCCAGCCACUAUCAUCAGUACGGACACAACCCCUGCUGCACCCUCGGCCCCGACUGCAAACAGAAUAGCUGGAGGAUCAGAGAGGGGAUGCUGGAGACUAGAGACUGAUCUCUCCGUCUCCAUCUGCUUCUGUCCGGCUUUCUCUUCCACUCAGAGUACCUUUGCAUUGAAUUAGUAUUCGUGAAUCUCUUCUGGGCCUCUCGUCGG